AUGGCCGAAGGGACGGACGUAGAGAAGGCCAGCGAUGUUCCGUAUCAGGCGUCGAUUCGAUUACUGGAGAACGAUCGCCACCUGGCGAGCGGUGCCAUUCUGAACGUUCGCUUCGUCGUCACGCAGGCAUCAUUCAUCUGGAAACUCCGCGGCCAGUACCCGGGGCAAACGCUUCAGGCACUGGCACGGAUACGGUUCGGACAGGUGAACCUCCAAUCAGCUGCCAACGAUCAAUUUCAGGCGAUCCAAUCGUACGCCUUGCACCCGGAAUUUAACUUCACCGAAGCAAACCACGAUCUGGCGGUGUUGAAGACGCUCGGUUUGAUAGAGUUCAACGAGGCCGUUCAACCGAUUUCCCUCCUCCGGGGACCAAUUCUGGCCAACGUUGCCGUCCGUUACACCGAUUGGGGCUCGGAUAAGGACUUUGCGACACCGGACGACUACAAACCGAAGCUUCAGCAAAUGGACGCCAUCGCGCUGUCGAACGCGGAGUGCCGUGAGCUGCUGGGAACGCUGAGCAAUCUCGGCAGCAUUCUGUAUGAUUCCCGCGUUUGUAUCUACUCCAACGAGACGGCGAGCGUGUGCACGGGAAACGCUGGCGGACCGCUGGUGAUGUUUGAGAAUGGCCAACCACGGCUCGUCGCGGUGAUGAACUUCGCCUACGGUGCGUGUGAUCCGGCGUACCCGGCGGGCUUCGAGCGGUUGUGGAACCACAAUCGGUGGCUCGUAGAAACGGCCACGAUCGAUUACAAGUAUGCGAACUUUGGCAAAAUGUGCUCGAUAGUGCGCAAUGUGGCCGCACAAAUGUUAGCGAAUAAACAGAGAGCCGUACGCGAGAGAAAGGCGGCCAGAGACUUUCUCCGCAAGUAA